CGCAGACCCGUUGUCACGUCGCUGGACCAGUCUGCUUCCGCGAGCUACCUUAGAAACAUUAACAUUUUGUCUUUAAACCUCGCCGCAAUGUGAUCUUGCCGUUAUAUUCUAUCAGUUUUACUCUGACUUGUCUGAAGGAAGUUUCAAAAAAAAUUAUAUCAUUCCCUUUUUUUUGACUCGGUAAAAAAAAAAAUUGUAAUUGGUUACAAUUGCUGUGCGACCGUUUUUGUGCAUCGUGAUAUCAAGUGGAAGUUUUUGACGUGUCGAUUUUUGACUUUGAAUUGUUAGUUAUGAAUUAAUCAUAAGUUUUUUUUUUAAGUGAAAUUUUGGAGUUGUACGAAAAAUAAUUGAGUAUUAAAAAAAAAAAAUUCAAAAGUCUGUUGAAGGUAUGAUUGACUUACUGCCGACAAACUCUCAUUUUGCUGUGUUAAUUGACGCCCGAAGGCUGAAUCAUAUCGGAGGAUAAGAUAAAUUGGAGGCUGAUACCAGCAAGAGAAGCGAGAACCCGACUGUUGUUCUUCAUCAUCCACUGGGAGUGUGAGUUGCAGUGCAUUUCUGGAAGCCGGAGGAAUUCGCGCCGGCUCGCGCUGGCGCAGAUCUCGGGAGCUGACUACUCAGGACCGGAAAUGGCGCUGAGGUGGUUGCUGCUGGCACUUAUCGCCACCCACACCAACGCCCUUCCAGACAUUAUCAGGAUAGGUGGAUUAUUUCAUCAAUCGGACGACAAACAAGGGGUGGCGUUUCGGUACGCAGUGGAAAAGAUCAACGCCAACAGAGACAUAUUACCCAAAUCGCGGCUCAGCGCUCAGAUUGAACAGAUUUCACCCCAAGACAGCUUCCAUGCUUCCAAGAGAGUAUGUCAUCUCUUAAGCACUGGAGUGGCCGCGAUUUUCGGGCCGCAAAAUGCGCAUACUGCAUCUCACGUGCAAAGCAUCUGUGACACGAUGGAAAUACCACAUUUGGAAACGCGGUGGGACUACAGACUGCGUCGUGAAAGCUGUCUCGUCAACCUAUAUCCUCAUCCGACCACUUUAUCCAAAGCGUACGUGGAUCUUGUGAAAGCGUGGGGGUGGAAAAGCUUCACGAUUAUUUAUGAAAAUAAUGAAGGAUUAGUGAGACUCCAGGAAUUACUAAAAGCUCAUGGGCCUAGUGAGUUUCCGAUAGCUGUUCGACAAUUGGGUGAAACUGAGGAUUAUCGGCCUUUGCUGAAGCAAAUUAAAAAUUCAGCGGAGUCCCACAUUGUGCUGGACUGUUCCACCGAAAGGAUUCAUGAGGUCCUCAAACAAGCGCAGCAAAUUGGGAUGAUGAGCGACUACCAUAGCUAUUUAAUUACUUCCCUGGAUUUACACAGCGUGGACUUGGAGGAAUUCAAAUACGGUGGGACCAAUAUCACUGCCUUCCGAUUGGUCGAUCCGGAGAAGCCGGAAAUUCAAAAAGUCGUACAAGAUUGGAUUUACGGUGAACAAAGAUACGGACGACAGCUUGAUAUGGGUCAAACACAUAAUAAGAAUAAUAUAACAGCUAUAAAGACUGAAACAGCCCUAAUGUACGACGCGGUCCAUCUAUUUGCAAAAGCUCUCCAUGUACUGGACGCCUCUCAACAAAUGGAAAUUAAAGCACUGUCCUGCGAGUCAUCAGACACUUGGUCUCAUGGAUACUCGCUGAUAAAUUACAUGAAAAUAGUGGAGAUGAACGGCCUAACCGGGCUGAUUAAGUUCGAUCACCAGGGGUUUCGCUCCGAUUUCAUGCUUGACAUAAUCGAGUUAAAUAAUAAAGAGGGGCUCAAGAAAAUCGGAGUGUGGAACAGCACUGAGGGAGUUAAUUUUACCCGAACCUUCAGCGACGCUUACACACAAAUUGUCGAGAGCUUGCAGAACAAAACUUUUAUCGUGUCGACAAUAUUGAGCGCGCCGUACUUUAUGCUGAAAGACUCAAGCGUAAAACUAGAAGGCAACGCACAAUACGAGGGCUACAGUGUGGACCUGAUCCACGAAAUAUCGCGGAUCCUGGGGUUCAAUUACACGUUCGUGAUAGUCCCGGACAAGAAAUACGGGUCCUACAACAAGAAAACAAAGGAGUGGGAUGGAAUGAUAAAAGAGCUGCUGGAUCAAAAGGCGGACUUGGCAAUAGCCGAUUUGACUAUUACGUACGACCGCGAGCAGGCCGUUGACUUCACAAUGCCUUUUAUGAACCUGGGUAUAAGCAUACUUUAUAGGAAGCCUAUAAAAAAGCCACCAAAUUUAUUUUCAUUUCUAAGCCCUCUCAGUCUCGACGUGUGGAUCUACAUGGCCACGGCUUAUCUCGGCGUUUCUGUUCUUCUAUUUAUAUUAGCCAGGUUCAGUCCGUAUGAGUGGGAAAACCCUUCUCCGUGCAACGCCCAGCCUGAAGUCUGCGAGAACGAGUUCACACUCCUUAACUCACUCUGGUUCACCAUAGGUUCGCUCAUGCAGCAAGGCUCUGAUAUAGCGCCUAAAGCCGUAUCAACGCGAAUGGUCGCUGGAAUGUGGUGGUUUUUUACUCUGAUCAUGAUAUCCUCGUACACUGCGAAUCUAGCGGCUUUUUUAACGGUCGAGCGUAUGGAAUCGCCUAUUGAAAGUGCCGAGGAUCUCGCUAAGCAGACCAAAAUUAAAUACGGUGCUUUGGCCGGCGGGAGCACCGCUGCAUUUUUUCGGGACUCGAAUUUUUCAACGUACCAGCGAAUGUGGUCAUUCAUGCAGUCCGCAAAGCCGAGUGUAUUCACAAAGAGCAAUAUGGAAGGGGUCGAGUGGGUUAUCAAGGGCAAAGGAACAUACGCAUUCUUGAUGGAAUCCACAUCCAUCGAGUACGUGAUCGAGCGUAACUGCGAGCUCACUCGAGUCGGCACUGAAUUGGAUUCUAAAGGAUACGGGAUUGCGAUGCCUCCCAAUUCGCCCUACAGAACGGCAAUCAGCAGCGCUAUUCUCAAGCUUCAGGAAGAGGGCAAGCUUCACACCCUCAAGACCAGGUGGUGGAAGGAAAAGCGCGGCGGGGGAAAAUGCAGGGAGGAUAAUCAAAAAGCGGGAUCGACGGCGAACGAGCUGGGACUGGCGAACGUCGGCGGCGUCUUUGUGGUGCUGAUGGGCGGCAUGGGUGUUGCCUGCGUGAUAGCUGUUUGUGAGUUCGUGUGGAAAAGUCGGAAAGUCGCUGUUGAAGAGCGGAAGCAGAAAUCCUCGGAAAAAGCUAUCUGCGAGGGUUUUACCGAUCUUCAUUAGCAUCAGUCUUUCUCCUUCCACUCGAGCGAGACGUAUUGACCCCCGUUCGCUAUCACCCAGCCAAAAAAUUAUUAACGUUAAGCAAAAAGAUUUGAUUUUAAGUAAAUCGUAGAGUUAAACUAUUGGCACUUUUUAUAAUUAUUAUUAAUAUAAUAAUAAUUAUUAAAACUUUUGAGACUUGUACGCUUCUUGACCUGGAUACGGAUUUCAAAGCCAAGAGGAACUUCAUCGCUCAAAAUUUGAGAAUCACGUCACUUGCAUCUGCAUACGCGUUCACACCUCGUGUACAUUUCAGAUGAUGUUAAUAAUUAUUGAUAUUAUUAUUCGAGAAAAUAUUUAUUGUUUGAAUGGUUUUAUUAACUACUAAACACGACAAAUUAAUAUAUAAAUCAUAAAUAGUUAAUGAUAAAUGAUAAAUGUCCACUACGUUAUUUAUAUAAUGAUAUCGGGUUACAAAUGCCAUUAAUAUUUGUU